AUGUAUGCACAAAGAGGCUCGGCCACGUCUCACUCUAGUGUUCCAACUUAUGCAAUGUGGUCCACAUCAAUUGUAUACAUCAAGGAUGCUAGUGGUGAACGACAGCGCUGUAGAGCAGUCCUCGAUAACGGUGUUCAAUUAAACUUUAUUACCCAAGCAUGCGCCAAAAGGUUGCAGCUGAAGAGUUCUGGUGCUUCCAUUACCAUCGCUGGUGUUGGUGCCAAUCACAUGAAUGCAAAAUGCUUAUUGCCAACCACCCUGUCAUCUCAAUUUGAUCAAUACGCUACACCUAUAACGUUUCAUACGUUACCAGUGAUUUCAAGCCAACUGCCAUCUCAUCAAAUUAAAAUUAAUCAUAUACCUAGCCAUGUACUGUCUCAAGAUCGAGUCGCCAUAUCCGAAUCGUUAACUGCUCAAAGCACAAGGCUUGGCUGGGUCAUAACUGGUAAAAUAAAUGACCCUCUGUCACAUUCUAUGACCGCGCUUACGUCAACAGUCAGCAAUCAAUCAGGUCUAGCGUUAUGUGCAACCAAUGUAUCAGCACGUCAGCAUGAAGAAUGUAUUGCUGAAGAACACUUCAUUUCAACGUCUCAGCGUGAUGACAUUGAAUGGUUCAUUGUUCGCUUGCCUCUAAAAGCCAACCCAGAGACCCUGGGCGAGUCAAGAACCAUGGCAAUGAAACGAUUCUUCAAUGUGGAACGCCGACUUGCUAGCGAUCCUUCAUUAUCUAUAGUAUACAAGAAAGAGUACAUUGAUUUAGGCCACAUGCGAAUUGCACCUGCAGCUGGCAGCUCACCCACAUACUACCUGCCUCAUCACGCAGUUGUUAAGACCGAAAGCAUAACAACCAAAAUUAGGGUAGUCUUUGACGGCUUUGCUCCUGCCAAAUCUGGAUUAUCAUUGAACGAUAUUCUGUGUCGAGGGCCCAAAGUGCAAGCAGACAUAUUUGAAAUCUUAUUGAGUUUCCGCACCCAUGCCAUAGUCCUCACUGCAGAUGUAGCUAAAAUGUAUCGCCAAGUUCUGGUACAUCCCAUUACCUACGGAACAACAUCUGCGUCAUUCUUGACCACACGCUGUAUAAUCCAAUUGGCAAAUGAAGAAACUGAUCCCACUAUCAAACGGACACUAGCUGAGGAUUUCUAUGUAGAUGUCCUCAUCAGUGGUGCCAACACGGAUGAUGAAUGCUAUUUUCUAUACAAAGAGCUCGGUUCUCGGUUACAGUCUGCUGGUUGCCCUCUCCGCAAGUGGUGUUCUAAUUCAGCACCUCUUAUGUCAAGAAUUCCAACUGCUUCAACCGAUCCCACAUACCGGAUAAUGUUGGUGGAUGAGGACACUGUGAGUGCACUGGGUCUAACGUUGCAGCCUAAUUCCAACACCUUUCAUUUCACAAUCAGUAAUAGUGAAGCACCAUUUCAUUCCACCAAACGUGGCUUAUUGUCUCAUAUUAAUCUCACUUAUGAUCCCAUUGGAUUACUCACACCAGCGUUGAUUAAAGGAAACAUCUUAUUGCAACAACUCUGA